GUGAGAUCGGAAAACACGCACAGACGGGGGGGAGUGUUCUUUCAGAAGAACCUCCCUGAGAACAUCAUGGACACGGCAAUAUGGACUUUGAAGAACAUUCUCAUACAGAUGCAUAGCCCGUCGCAAAUAAAUAAGCCAAAACCAGAGUCAGAUGGAGAAUCAUCGCUGUCAUCACUUGCAGACACAACCGAAGAUGAGUUCCCGGGUCCGUUGGGGGCACAGCAACCACGGACCCAAGUCUGGGAGCACGAGCCGUUGAGUGACCGACAAAGGCUGAUCCUCAAACGGCAGUCGGAGACCUUUGAUCUUAAAGAUCCGUUUUGGGCCUAUGCUCGCAUAGAAGCCGCCCUGCAGUUAUCAGGCCCUCAAACCAUAGCACAGGCAGAGGAGAUGGUCGCGACUGCUGAGAGUGCUGAAAGUGUGGAAACUGAUGAUGUCAGUGAUACCACACCAAGAAAACCCAAGCGCGUCAAGAAAGCAGUGGAUAUGAGGAAAAUGCUGGACAACCGCGUUUUCGAGUCAAGCGCAUACCAGACCGCAGAGAAUCUCCAGUGGUCGUUUGAUACCAGUACAGAUGCAAAUGAUCUGCUCAUCCAACCAACAUUGGAGGAUUAUGAGAGGAUCUCGAUGCAUGAAAAGUGGCUAGACGCCCAGGAGUACCAAUUCGAUAAUCACGAGGAGGCCUGCAGGAACCUGGGUAUUGUUGAUAAGGCGAACCCCCGAAUAAAGGGCAUGCAGCGCGGGCAAGAGCUGAAAUUUUGGCAGCCGGUCUGCAUCAAUCGUGUGGCUGAAAUCAUGAGACUCGAUUUGCUGCGUGGCGCCAUCAUUGCUGAUGUUGUCGGCGUUGGUAAGACUUGGGAGGCCGUUGCAUUCCUCUUGCAUCAACUAAACAAAUUUAAGCACAAACAUGCUGCAGCUGAGCAAGACAAGACAGAGCCUCCAGAGGGCCGUCCUGUGAUUAUUAUUGUCCCACCCCAUCUCAUCGACCAGUGGAUGGACGAGAUAAUGUCGAUAACUGAGGAAUUUCAGGUGUUGCUCUACUAUGGUGAUGCCCGCCGCCAGGUGGGAAGCUAUAUCAAAGACAAGCUGACAAAAAAGCACGAGAUCUUCAAAGGCGGGCUCGAGAGUGCACGUACUAUUGUGGUAACCUCAUACCAGACAUGGGAGGCACGCCAUGGCCCCCAAGCAGUAAAAGCUUGGUGUGGCAGCAAGAAAAAGCCAUAUAACCCCGCCAAUCCGCACAUGCCCCCAGACUUCCCUGGCAAUCUAAAUGGACGCUUUGGAGUUGCUGUGUUUGAUGAAGCGCAUAUGCUUCGGAACAGGGAAUCGGGUAUCUCGUUUGCUUGCACAUGGCUACGUGCCGGGUUCCGCAUCCUGUUAACCGCCACACCCUUCUAUAAUGAUGUACGCGAUUUUCUGGGAUACAUCGGACUUCUCUUGCGCUCGAAUCCCGCUGCAAAGGCAACGUUCACCAGCAGCCGUGUACGCCAGAUUGUCGAGGCCCCUCCCGGGACAGAGGACGAGCGGUUGCUCUGCAGCCAGGAGUUUGUCACCAAGCACAUCCUUAGUAAGGAGGUACAGGACACGAAUACCAUUUCUUAUCGCUUGAGAAAGAUACUGCAGCGACUUAUGAUCCGCCGAACGCAGGGCUCUGCCCUACCGAUUGGGUCCACCAAUAAGAUCGGAGCUGAUAUUCCCCCCGCCUUUAAGAAAGUGCUAACCCCGAGUUUCGAGCCGGAAGAGUUUGCGGCGUACCAGGCCUAUGAAGCCGUGAAUCGGCGAAACAUCUUCAUCAUGGACAGGGAGAAACCGAGUCACGCACACUGGCACAUGGGCCGGCUCCGCAAGUUGAUUAUGGGAUCAUCGUGGUUGGGCUUUAUCAAUGUGGAAAGCAGCCUGCCCGCUUCUGCUGUCGUGGAGUCCCUCGGCGCGGUCAGGCGGCACGAGUGGAUAGCCUGUGUGCGCCCGAGCCUGGAGGCAAAGACUUUGGUGGAGAAGAAUACUGUAAAAGGCUUUUACACACGAACCAGGGAGCAUCAUCAUACCAAGAUCUCACUCAGCAAUAGCGAUGGGGAUGCAAUACAACUUGACACCGGAGGCCUUGAAUGGCUGCUGCGGGGCGCCCCCAAGAUGCGAGCCAUGUUACCGAUCAUUCGAGACCAGGUGUUUCUGAAGCAGGAGAAAUCCCUCGUCUGGACCUAUUUUCCCGGUGAGGAGGUGUAUAUUUCCGCCGUUCUGACAGAGGCCGGUGUCGAUCAUGCUGUCAUUCAUGCUGGGUUGACCGCCAGAGAGAGAUCAAUCAUUGUGAAGUCGUUUACUCGAGACCCCGACAAGUGCAUGGUAUUGGUGAUGAGUUACUUGGUCAGUUCAGCCGGUCUGAACUUGCAGAAUCUCUGCCGUAAUCUCCAUCUGUUUUCCCCAGCCACCUCGAAAGCCGUGAAGGACCAGUCCGUGGGACGGGCACUGCGCGUGGGCCAAACUCGCACAGUUUUUGUGUAUGAGUAUUGUGUGCCCAAAACAUUUAACGUCUAUCUGGCGGAGAGAAGCAUGCAGAAAGCGUUGCCAGGCCUUGUCACGAUGAUGUGUACCGGACUGGCCCCCGCGCUUGAUAAUUCUGAAGCCGGAUUUUCGGUGGAAGGAUGGGUUAUACGGGAUGGAGAACUGGUGGCGCUGGGCAAUGGCGAGGAGCCCCAGGAGGGUGACAUUACGGAUACUGAAUUGAUAAUGGAACAGGUGGUACGCGAGAUU